CCGGCUCACCACUUCCGAUUCCAAUCUGGUCUCGCUGGGCCUGGCCGCUGGCGGCAAGGGAGAGAUGGGGAAGAACCAGGCGUAUAAGGCGAUGCAGCGGGCGAGGCUGGGGUCCUCGUCCGGCGCACCUGGCGCCGCCGACGCCCCCGAAGACGGCAUGACGGACGGUUCAUUUCAUUCUCCAGAGUGGCAUGCGGCGCGCCUGGCCAGCCUUAACAAGACGCACACCGUCACCUGGGAGGAGUUCAAAAAGAAGCAGAAGGAAGAGGAAUUGAAAAGGGGUGAGCUGGAGGCUGACAAAGAUAAAAUGAUGAGAGAGUAUAGAGCUCAACUGGAUGCUGAAAGAGCUCAGAAGCUAGCAAAUGGAAGAAAUCACUGGUCCAACUCAAAGUCAUCAUAUUCCAAGAAAGAGAGGAAGGAUAAGGAUGCAAAGAAAAGAAAUAAAAAGAGGAGAAAGCACAGAAGUUCAUCAGAGUCAAGUUCCAGCUUAUCGUCAGAAUCUUCCAGCAGCGAUGAUGAGGAUAGGGGUUCAAGGAAGUCCAGAUCACGAUCUAGUUCGAAGAGAACAAAGCAGGAAAAGAAGCACCGAUCAAGGUCCAAGCACAGAGACAGUGAAAGUGAGGAAGGUCCAGUUCGCCUCUCUAAAUUCUUCGGGAAGUAAGGAGUAGAUACUGUACCCAAUACGCCUUUUCAUUUUGAACCGUAGAUUGGUGGGUUUGGAUGUAAUAUUCAAUACAGAUUAUUUCUGAAGGUUGAUGGAAUCAGUUACCAUGUUCUCAAUAGAAUGCUCAACAGUUAAGAGGGUCUGGUUAAGUUGUGUGGCUUCCUAAAACUUUGUAAGGAAUUGGUAAGUCAUUGUUAGAUUGCUGUACCUUAGAGGAUUUGAUGUCUAUAUUUGAAAUAUUUGAUAAAUCGAACUGCUAUAUAUAUCUUAAGGCUUCACAUGGCC